UUAUUGUAUCAAAAUAUCUAAGAUACUUAAAAUUCAGGACGUAACUCUAUUCCAAAUUUAGCCUACCGAAAGGCCUUUUGUUAUUUGUGUAUGUGUGUCUACCUGGUCAGCAACAAGAAGAUUAACGAGAAGCAGUUUGUGACAAGUAGAAAAGCGUAUAAUCAAGUAUCACAAGAGUGCGCUGGUUGUGCAGUAAAUCUUGAAAAAGGCUAGAUCUAUUGUUUCUGGAUUGAACUUAAAAACAAUUUCUAUUACUCAACGUUUAUAUGAAUAUAUAUUAGUCUUUUUUUCUCAUAUUUUAUUUAAAGGCUACGAUUAUUUGAACACGUCUAAAACGUUAUGGAGUAUUAUGAAAUGUGUUUUUCACAUAUCUAAAUGUUUUCCUACACAGAGUAAGAGAAUUUAUUGUGUGUACAAUUUGGUCAUUUAAGAACUGACUCAAUAUUAUGUGGAUACCACUUAGGGCAAUGCAAGUAAUUACUAUACAUAUCUGAUAAAAUGUUCCCAUUAAAGAGUUUGUUAUUGUUCCUGUGUACAGCAAUGUUCAUUUCUAUAGAAUCUAAAUUGAAAUUAAUCAAUAACGGUUACGAAGGCGUCAUUAUAGCUAUUAACCCUAGUAUUGCAGAGAAUCAUGUGUUACUCAAGAGAUUAGAGAUUUUUUUAACGGCAGCAUCUAAAACAUUGUUUAGAGCAACGAAGAAUAGGAUCUAUUUUCGGGAAUUUAUAAUCGUCAUACCAGAGAAUUGGAAGCCAAGACAGCGAUACGAGAACGCCUUCGAUGUAGAGUUGGAUCGAGCACAAAUAAUUUUAGACAGAGCGAAUCCAGCAUAUGGCCAUGCACCAUACGUGAAACAGUUUGCAGAGUGCGGAUCACCUGGUCUUUAUAUUCAUUUAACUCCUGACUACAUUUUAGAUGACGCAGUGAUACAAAAAUGGGGAAAACCAGAAAAAACCCUAGUUCAUGAAUGGGCCCAUCUAAGAUGGGGUGUGUUUGAUGAAUAUCCCAUUGAUGCUCAAGAUGAGGCUUUUUACAGAUAUGCAGGAUUAUGGCAGCCAACAAGAUGUUCUACUGAUGUCGAAGGCUCAAUACUUAAUGAAGACACAAGUCAACCUUGUGAAUUUGAUUUCUUUUCUGGUAAACCUGAGAAGAAUUGCAGGUUUUUCCCAAGAAUGGCAGCUAAUAAAGCAGUGGCAUCUUUGAUGUUUAUGCAGUAUUUAGACAGUAUUGAAGAAUUCUGUGAUAACUCAGUGUCAAGUCCUAAACAUCUGAAGCAUAACUUUCUAGCUCCUAACAGACAGAAUCGCCUAUGUCAGUAUAAAAGCACUUGGGAGGUUAUGAGAAAGCAUAGUGAUUUCGCUAAAGGUACAAAAGCACUGCCGGAAAACACCGACACUAGACCAUACUUUCGCUAUGUUCAAGCGCAUCCUCGUAAGCGGGUGUUGGUAUUGGAUACAUCUGGUAGCAUGACAGGAACAUCGCUUAGUGUUUUAAAACAGGCAGCUAGCAACUAUAUACUUAGUUGUAUUGAAACUGGCAGCAAGCUUGGAAUCGUCCAGUUUAGCACAAACGCCUCAACUCUAUCGCAUCUGACGGAGAUAAAAUCAGAGAAAGAUCGAUUUGAUCUGAUUGACUCGCUACCUACUCAGGCGGAUGGCAAAACCAGUAUAGGUGCAGGCUUAAAGAAAGGUGUCGAGGUUUUGACCAAGUAUGGUGAUGCUCCGGGUGGUUCAAUUAUACUUAUUACAGAUGGAAAAGAAAACGAAGGACCAUAUCUCAAAGACUUAAGACCCGCACUUUUAAGACGAGGUAUUGUUGUGCAUGCUUUAGCGUAUGGCCAAAGGGCAGAACAAGGUAUUGCUGAAUUAUCUCAAGAUACAGGAGGCAGAACAUUUUUUUAUAGCGGUCGCCAAAAUUCAACUGCUUUAAUUGAUGGUUUAGCAGCAACAGUUGCAGCGGAAAACACUGCAUUACUUAAAUCCUCUGCUCCAAUCUCUAUUCUCACAGAUGUCGGUAUUGUCAGUUCUAACAAUGCAUAUAAUGGAACAUUUUACGUAGAUUCAACCAUUGGUGUAGAGACUUCGCUUACGUUUAGUUUCACUGAAUUAAUUGAGGUAUCAGUUAAAGGACCUAAAGUUGUUUACACUGCAGACCGAUUUCAGAAAAAUUUCUAUCUCGACAAAUCUUCCAAGGUGCUGAGAGUUAGCAUACCAGGAGAAGCUGAUGUAGGACAAUGGACUUACCUUGUUUCAACUAGUUCAGUGCAAUCUAUGAUUACAAUCAGCAUACAAUCAAGACCACGUGAUCAAAAUAUUGAUGUGUUACAGGUCAACUCUUGGAUACCACAACAAGAGGAAAUAGAUUUUAACCCUAGCAAAAAAUUUGCUGUAUAUGCUGAAAUUGUGAAAGGAAAAGCUCCAGUUCUAAAUGCAAGUGUAAUGGCUACUGUUGAACGCCCCCAGAAAUCGCCAAUAGAUAUUUAUUUAUAUGACAAUGGUGUGGGUACUGACAUAAUUAAAGAUGAUGGCGUUUAUGCUGCCAGUAUUAUGCCUUCUGACCUACUUGGAGAUGGUAGAUAUAAUAUCAAAGUUAAAGUAGUUGGCCAAGCUGGUGAGACUUCAGUUAUCGUUGGUGCUACUGGAAGCUCGAGCAGAGCUCUUGAAGCUCAAGGCUCAGGUCAGUAUUUAAGUACAGAAACAGAGGCUGUAGAAAACUUUCAGAGAGUUACCUCCGCUGGUGAAUUUAGAUUACGAGGCUUUCCGCCUUUAGAAGCGGUGAACGAUAAAAUGCCACCAUCUAGAAUAACUGAUCUUCGUGUUAUUUCCUUCAAUCUUGAGACCUCCGUUGCUAUACUUCAAUGGACCGCUGUUGGUGGAGAUAUGGAAAGAGGAAAAGCCUCGCAGUACUUUAUUCAUAUGUCGAAUGAUUUUGAGAAGCUUUUGACUGAUUACAAAUCAACAUCUUUGCUACAAAAUAAACAUAUUAUCAGAGGAAGUCUGAAUUCACCAAAGGCUUCUGGAACUGUAGAAGAAUUGAUUGUUACACUCAAUGAGACUGCUAUAAAGGACAACUUCACACUUUUUAUGAAUAUUCAUGCCAUGGACGAGAACGGAAAUAAGGGGGAUGCUUCUAAUAUCAUUUCAAUUUCGUUUGCUAAUGAAACCGCAGUCUUGCGCAGAAAUGUAGAGAAACCGUUAUCUCCUAUGAUCUAUUUGGCAGUCUGUUUGCCCCUUGCACUAGUUGGCAUCAUCAUUUUGAUUGUUGCCAUUUCACUAAUGGUUUCUCGGGCUAAAAAAAGCAAGUCCGAAGAUUUUGAACAAGCUGAACAAUGCACAACUCACUCUGUCCAUUCUCUAGAUAUUGAAAAUAUGAACUAUAUGUUUGAUGGUGAGUACAGAAAAAGACUGCCCGAAGAAAUGGACACAUGGAGCCGUGGAAGUAUCUAGAACAUGUUUUAAGUUGAACAUAACAUGGAGUCUCUUUCAAAGCAAUAGCGUAAAUUAGACAAUAUCUUCGUAGGUAUAGCUUGUAGUAGUGUUUAAAUAAAGUAUACUAUAGAUAAAAUAAGUGCUAAUUUGUAGUAAGAUAUUUUUCAAAAUAUUAUAAUCAUACUUUUAAUAACCUUAGAUUGAGUAAGAGAACCUUUUGGUGACAAUACAUAUCUACCUAGGUAGCGUGGAAUAAAAAGAUGAAUACAAAAUUCUAAUCUAUUCAGGAUCUUUUUUACUAUGUAUAUAUAUUAUAGAUCGAAAUUAAAAUAACAGAAAUGCCACAACCUUUAGAAUAGACGCAUUGAUGAAUUCCUGCAAAUAUCUCUAAUAUAUCCACACAAAAAUAGGAGAACUCAUUCUUUUAUUCAUUCAUGCAUUCAUUUGGAAACUUGCACAGUUUUGGAAUUUAAUAUCUGCAAAUGAAUGUUUUUUUACAAAGCUUAUAAAAAACUCUCUCUGUCUGUCUGCAUAGUACAGAUUUUGAACAAAUUAUUUCUCCCACUUCCCAUUCUCGGAUCAAGUGAAGACUCUGCACAAUUGUAUAUUGUUCCUAACAAAACAAGAAUCAUUUAAAAAAUAAAUUAGUCGUAAUUAAUUAACUUUGUUUGAUGUCAAAAAGGGGAAAUAAAUCUAACAGUAUUGAGAUGUAUAGAUCUAAGUAUGGAUUUCUUCCGCUUAGAUAAGCUUUGUUAAAAUAAAAGUUUAAGUUUUUUUUA